UUUUGUAAGUAGGCUAAUACCUAGGCGGUCACUAUGACACCAUCACUAUCCAUUCCUAUAAGGCGUUUCCUCGUCCAUAGGCUACGUAUGAAGUAGCCUCUAGUCGACAUUUUUCUACAAAAGUACAUUAGGCCUACCAGAUUGAAUAACGAAAUGAAUUUGUUCAAGCUGUUACAUUUUCUUUAACAACCUACAGAUAGGUAUACUGGCUGACUAGAAUCAUGUUCCAUAGAACCAUUAAUGUUACCAACGGUUUAUAAUCUGAAUACAUUUUAGUUUACAGAGAACGUUCGCCAUUGACUUGCACUGUAAUAUGUGCGUCUUGUUCUUUCAUCCACCAUCUUUGCAACAGUACAGAAUGUACAAAGCAGUAGCCUAACAGUCGGAAUUACAUAACAACAGCAGCUAGCUGGUUAGCCCCUUGUUGCAAACAUGGCGUUACGGUUAUUGUGCUCCCAUUCAAAUGCAUUCAGACAAAAAAAUUUUCUCAUGUGCAAUUUCAAAACGGCAAAGACUUCAUUGAGCAUCACAAGUCUUGCAGGCAACUCUAAGAUUGAACACGAUAGACAUCGGAAGUGCUUCACACUUAGCCUGGGUAACGAUGCAGGAAAUCUGGAGACAGCUGUGCUGAUAUAUGAAUUCACGGGGGACAGAGAAGUACAUUUGUUGACAACAAACGUUCCUGUCCGAUUCAGGGGUAAAGGUGUCGCAGCGCUAUUAGCUAAGAGUGCCUUGGACUUUGUCGUGGAAGAAAACCUGAAGGCGCGUAUAUCUUGUUGGUAUAUUAAGAAAUAUAUAACAGAAAACCCCAAGUCUGAAUAUAAAGACAAAAUUGUUCAUUAGCAAUAUGUGCAUGUUAUUUUAUUCUUUAUUUUCAAGAAUAGCAGUAGGUCUCUUUUUUAUGUGCCAAAUAAAAAUCUAAUAAAAAAUAUUGAUGGCUGUUCAGUGGAUCUAAGUUCCUGGUAGGUUAGCUGACCUAUUGUGAUUAAAAGUAGGAACGGACCUUGGUUUUAAAAUGUAAAGAUUAAUCGUUACAUUGACUGCACAAAAAACUCAGGUUCUCACUUAAUUAUAUAAAAAUGAGCAGGUUUAAAUGAUAUGGUCUACCAAUACAUAUUUGAUUUCACCGCACCUUUCUAAGAUGCAUCGGCUAAAAUCAUCUGCUAAAUCACUAAAUUGUCAAUUCUACUGUUUCCCUGAUGCAUCAUAAUCAGCAUUGUUAAUGUUUACAGUUAUUUCGCAAAUUAUGUGACAACUGGCAUUCUUUUUAUGAUAAUGUAUUUUUUUUUUCUGAUAAAUGCAAAUGCUAAGUCUUAAUAAAUAAAAAAAAGUAAUUUACUGUU